GUGGGCUCCCAGGGUUUGGCUGAAGAAGAACCUUGGCAGCUGCCCCAUUCCUUCCUUCCUGCCCUCCAGUGAGGAGGGUCCUGAGCCCCUUCCCUGUCGCGAUGCUGCCAGGGGUCGUGGCAAGUGGAACGCAAGUGUCUUAUAUUGGUCAAGAUUGCAGGAAAAUCCCAGAAUGCCUUGGGAGAAAAUAUGGAUGCAUUGCGAAAAGGCUGGAUCUCAGCUUCAAUUUACUACGGUCACUGGAAGGACUGGAGACGUUUAGCGGCUUGGAAGAACUCAUCUUGGACAACAAUCUCCUCGAGAAUGACCUCCAGUUACCCAGGUUACCACACCUCCAUACCCUGAUGCUCAACAAGAACCAAAUAACAGAACUGGAGAGCCUACUGGAUCAUUUAGCUGAAGUAGCCCCUGCUUUGGAGUACCUGAGUUUGCUGGGAAAUACAGCAUGCCCAAAUGAGCUGGUCUGCAAAGAUAAAGAUGAGGGAGACUACCAAAGGUACAGGUAUUUUGUUCUGCACAAAUUAGCCAACCUGAAAUUCCUGGAUUCUCGGAAAGUAAGCAGAAGUGAACGUGAGGAAGCCAUUUUGAGGGGUGCCUUUAUGAAGGUAGUGAAGCCCAUGGAUACUAAGGCUUCAGCUGAUUCUGCCUCCAUUUCUCCUCAGUUGAACUAUACGCCAUUGCCAUCUGGAUCAAGGGACCUCACCAACCACAGAGGUGUUUUAGGGAAAUGCCGGUAUGUCUACUAUGGGAAGCAUUCCGAAGGCAACCGAUUUAUACGUGAUGACCAGCUCUGAGGGAAACAGUGUCUCUGCAAAACAUCCAUGUAGGGACAUUCAACACACACAGAGAGACACACACACUGCCUCCACAUCUUUUCAAGGAAAAGCAAAAAAAAAAAAAAAAAAAAGGAUGUGCAAACCAAAGUCCUCCAGUACCUUCUGCUGACUUUGCCCGACCUGUCAAAAUCAUCCUUCUGCUUUAGCUUGAGUAGUCACAUAGAGAUUGACAUGAUUGCCUCUAAGCAGGUCCCAUCCACCAGUGUGACAGACAGCUGCAGCCAAGCACCAGGCCUGACAGGGAGAACACCAUGAUGGAUUGCCUGGCCCAACUGCUGCUUGCAGAAGAGCAAAGGUCACACCUGGGGCCUCACUGAGCAUGCUCAGCUGCUUUUAAGCUAAGCCACCCUCUUUAUCUGGAGCUUGGCUGUUGAGUGAGAAAGCUCUAUCUUUAUCACAUGUACAAAAACAAAAAUGGCUAUAGUCUGAGAAUCUGAAAAAGCACCAGCUCCUUAUCUGUCUCUAUUUUUCUCAGGUUUUAAAUGCUUAAUGUGCAGACGGAAAGCGGAUGUAUUGCAUGUAGAACAAGAUGGUCUCUUUGCUUCUUUGUUGAAAAAAUAAUAAUAAAGGCUUCAGAAAUGUUGUUUAACUGUAGAUGCUGGGGGAAGGUGUUACUUGAUAAAAUUCAGGGGUUUCUAGCUUCUCAGUUAUUCGUUACUAGUUUCUUAGCAAGGAUGGAAUUUAGUAGUAGUAGUAGUGGUAGUAGCAGCAGCUGAUAGCAUUGUUGUUGUUGGGUGUUUUUCUUUUUGGCAGAGAUUAGGUUUAGAAGCAAUUGCAGAACAUGGACUGAAGACAGGAGCUACAAGAGAGUUGUUGAGAUAAAUUAGUUUUUGGAAAGAGUUUAAUUGCUCUCCUUAUCAGGGAACACAUUCACUUUUUUGUACGUUCUUAAGAGGCAUUUAUUAUUAGCUAUUCAUCAGUAUCCAAAUGAAGCAUGCCAUCAUCUGUUUUGCUUUUUAAAAGGG